AUGCCGCUCGAAGCCACCAUGAUCGUGAUCGACAACUCCGAGUACAUGCGCAACGGCGACUACGCCCCCACCCGCUUCGGCGCACAGAGCGAGGCCGCGAUCACCCUCUUCCAGGCCAAGGUCGACUCCAACGCCGAGAACACCGUCGGCAUCAUGACCAUGGCCAGCAAAGGCCCCGAAGUGCUCGUGACACACACGAAGCACGUCGGCCAGAUCCACGCCGCCCUCCACGCCUCCUCCUCCCGCAUAGGCGGCGUCGCCUCCAUCCCCACCGCCAUCGCCAUCGCCCAGCUCGCCCUCAAGCACCGCCAGAACAAGAACCUCCGCCAGCGCGUCGUCGUCUUCGUCGGCUCCCCGCUCGAAGGCCCCAACGCGGACGAGCACGCCCUCGUCCGCCUCGCCAAGAAACUCAAGAAGAACAACGUCGCCGUAGACGUCGUCGCUUUCGGCGACGGCAUCGAACAGUCCGGCGACGGCGGCACCAGCAUCCUCCGCGCCUUUGUCGAGGCCGCCUCCAGCAACGACAACUCACAUUACAUCGCUGUGCCCCCAGGCCCCCACUUCCUGUCCGACAUCCUCGCCACCUCCCCCAUCCUCGCCGGCGACUCCCUGAUCCCCGAGCUCGCAGGCGACGCAGGCGCAGCAGGUGCAGGCGCCGGCGGAUCCGGCGCAGGGGCGGGCGGCGCCGCGCCCUUUGAUUUCGGCAUCGACCCCAGCCUCGACCCGGAGCUCGCGAUGGCCCUGCGCAUGUCCCUCGAGGAAGAGCAGGCGCGGCAA